AUGAUAAAAAAUUUUGUUGUUUUUAUCUUUAUACUCUUUUAUUUAUCAUGCCUUUUGCCUUCUUACAUAAAUGCUAAACCUACUUUAGAAACAAAAGUGCAAAAACUUAAUGAGGCAACGCGCAAGAACCAAGGCGUGGUUGAACUCGAUUCUAGUUUGUACGAUGAAAUUAUUUCCGCACCGAGGAAUUACUCUAUAGCUAUUUUAUUAACAGCGCUAGAACCACAAAUAAACUGUGUGCCGUGCAGAGAUUUCGAUCCGGAAUUUCGAUUAGUUGCAAAUGGCUGGUUAUGGUCUGGAAACGAUCCUUCGCGUUUAUACUUUGGAAUUUUGGAUUUCAAGAAUGGUAGAGAAAUUUAUGCCAGGCUAAACCUGAAUAAUGCUCCAACAUUAUUUUAUUUUCCGCCAACGAUUGGGCCAUAUGCUAAAAAAGUAUUUGAACAAGAUCGAUAUGAUUUCAAUAGACGUGGGUUUGCCGCUGAAUCAGUAGCGGCAUUUUUAUCACAUCAUUUGGGUACAGAAGUUCCAGUUAACCGUCCUUUGAAUUAUUUUGCCAUUUUCUUGUCCGCGUUCUUUAUACUGGCGGCUCUGGCUGUGGUUAAGUUGAUGUAUCCUACGAUACAGAGCAUAAUUUUAAAAAAGAAUAUAUGGACCGCACUAUCAUUGGUUAUUAUUCUUAUGAUGAUUUCUGGGCACAUGUGGAAUCAUAUUCGAGGUGCGCCUUACAUAACUUUAAAUAACGGUAAAGUCAAUUAUGUCGCACAUGGUUAUUCAAAUCAACUAGGCAUAGAAAGUCAAAUCGUGGCUUUAAUAUAUGGUGUCUGUGCUUUAUGUGUCGUCUCACUCAUCAUUUCAGUUCCGAAAAUUGAGGACAAAACGAAACAACGUUUAGGAGUUUACGUAAGUAUAGGUUCAUAUGCGCCAAAACUUUCAAGGAUGGCAUCUCCAGCCGUAAGGUGUCCAAAUUGCUUGGACCCUGCUCUAACGGUUAAUCUUUAUAAAGUGCAAAAUCAAUUGUCAUUGUUCUUUAUUCCUAUCUGGAGGUCCAAAGCAAAAUAUUUAUGGAUUUGUGAUCGUUGCAAAUGGACAGGGCUUUCUAGACCCGAAGAACAAGUAAGAGAAGAAACUGAACUUGGACAACAAAAUCCCCCAUUGCCAACUUGGGGGUUGACUCGUUGUACCAAUUGUAGUAUGGAGAUUAAUAAUGUUUCCGGACGAAUGAGAUAUUGCCCAUACUGCGGAUCAAAUAUCUCGGAUUAA